AAAAAUCAAUAAUGCCAAGAAAUAAGACGCAUGGGUGGGGUAAACUCCAAAAUGUAGCUAGUCCUUCACCAUCUCCGGAGAGGGUUUCGGACACCGACACUCAGUCUGUUGCUAGCAGCAUGCACCAAGCUGACAGCCCUGUUAAAUUGAAAACAAAGUAAUCUAGCGACCAGAAGCGAUUUAUCAUCAGAAGGAGAAGAGGUAAUGGUAGAGUGGCUGCAGGAGCAUCCCAUUUUGUACAACAAAAAACUCUUCGUACAAAGACAAGGCCAAGAAGGACGCUCUUUGGAACGAGCAAGCUGUGCUCCUGGAAAAGGACGUCAGUAUUCUCUAUGUGUGGUAUCGGUCCAUUCGAACUAGGCUCUGGAGAGCGGACGGAACGCGAUUUGUGGGUACUUGAGAACUUUAAAUUCUUAAAGUCCCAUAUCCAUGGGGUCCAACCACGAACUGUUGUGAGCGUAAGUACCACUUUUGUUAUUUUCUAACUUGCAUUUGCAUUUUAAUAAUAGUACCAGACAUAAAAUUUACUGCAUUUACAUGUAUUUAUACUAUAGUUUCAAUGUUUGUAUGUCAAAAAGGAUAAAAUUCUACAUGCUAUAUAAGACAAGUGAUUUCAAAUUCAUAACUUUCUAUAAGUAAACACUCAUUUUUAUCUUCAUUGAAAUGUCAAUGAUUAUUCUCCACCAUAAAGUUGCAUACGUAUAUCUAAUAUAUUAUACAAUUUCAUUUAUUUGCAGUUGAAGGCAAAGCUCGCAUACCAAGGGUUGACCCAGGGUGAUGAUUACCUGGAACUUGCGAAUCCAGAUGAAAUCCAGGGACCAUCUACCUCUAUAACAAAUGCCGACGAGCCUACAAUCCUUGAUGCCAGACCCAAACGCUCAAGAGUCUCACAAGAAGAAGAACAUUUGUUAAACGCGUUGGACGAGAAAGGUCGCCAGUAAAUUGAGCUGCAGGAAAAGUUGCUGGAAAUGGUCAAGCCACCUUCUGCACCUAACGAGCAAGAUACCUUCGGUGAUUGGGUAAAGAUCGACUGCGCAAGUAAAACGUUAAAAAAUGAAGGCUUCUUUGGAAUGUACAGAGGGUCUGGAGUGAAUCUUCUCCUCAUAACACCAGAGAAGGUCAUCAAACUGGUGGGAAAUGACUUCUUCCGUCACAUACUGAAGAAUGACAAGAACAAGUUAACACUGCCCAGGGAGGUGUUGGCAGGGGGAGGGGCGGGCCUCUUUCAGAUCGUUGCCACCACACCCAUGGAGCUUCUCAAGAUACAGCUGCAGGAUGCUGGCAGGAGUGCCUCAGUGGACAAGACAGCUGGAGCAGAAGGAGCGGUUAAACCCCAAAAACUUUCCGCCACAAAGAUUGCCCUGGACCUUUUCAGAGAGAAAGGCAUUUUGGGCAUCUACAAGGGUUUCCGGGCAACCAUGCUCAGGGAUGUGACCUUCUCUGCCAUGUAUUUUCCUCUGUUUGCCCAUCUUAAUGCUAUGGGCAAGAGACGUGAAGGCAGUGAUCAGGCAGUGUUCUAUCACUCGUUCAUAUCAGGCCUAUCAGCCGGAUGUGUGGCAUCCUUCAGUGUAACCCCAUUUGACGUUGUCAAGACGCGUUUGCAGACCCUCCAUAAAGGGGCCGGGGAGCAAUCAUACAACGGGAUAGUGGAUUGUUUCAGAAAAGUGUACAUGCUGGAAGGACCAAAAGCUUUCUUCAAAGGCGCGUUUUGCCGUGUACUGGUUAUAGCCCCGCUGUUUGGUAUCGCUCAGACUGUCUACUACCUCGGUAUAGCCGAAAGGUUGCUAGCUGCCGUGGGUUAUGAGACUCAAUAACGGAGUUGACCUGAUUGUUGUGUUAUUGACAUUUUUGUAUGGGUAUUUUUAUUUCAAUCCAGUUUAUACUGGUUUUUCUGUUUCAUACCAGUUGUUUCCCUUUGCUGUGUUAAAGUAUACAUAUUUAUUCAAAACUAUAUACUUUGAAUUUCAAGUAAUCAUGUUUUUAUUAUAUUAUUUGUUAUCAACUAAUCUCAAGUUAAUAGUAUAGGUAUGAAGGAAUUCAACUACCAGUGAUUUCAUGACAUUUAACUAGUUGUGUGUGUACAUGUAUUUUUUACAGCCAAAACUAAUGGACAUCAGGUGUUUUUUUGGCCCGAUUUUAUAGCCGAAAUUCAGCUAUGUUCCCAAUCCCAAAAAGUAUACUUUUUUCCCAAAAUGUGGCAAAAAAUUCCCAAUUGCCAAAAAAAAUAU